AUGGCUGCUGAAAUACAAUGGAAGGGGUUUGGAGCGAUCGAAAGAUCAUUUUUGGGAGAUCCUGGUGAGGCAUGGCCCUUCCGGAUCGGAGGCAAACGUGUGACUGGCGCGAAUAUUGAUGAAAAUGGUUGUUGGACGGAUCUCGCAGGCUUUCGGCGCGCCUUUGUCGACACCUUUCAGGAGCACGUCAGAGAGGAUGUUUGCGGUCCUGGCUCGAAUAUCUCCCGAGUCGUGAUCACCGGUAACAUGCCACCCUCAUCUGCUGAACAACUCUCACACGAACUCACAACUGUUGCACCACACUUGCAAGGCAAAAUUCAGGGGGUUGCGCAGCCGGCUUUCAUAACCGCCAUGGGUGCAGUCUGCUUCUCCUAUGCAGCCUGGCAUCGCCCGGCCACACCCCCUUGCGAGAUUCCAACCGAAUAA